AUGACAACAACAAAACGAGCGGAGGUGGAGCCCCUCCCCAAAGUCCUCCUCCCCCUCCACCACCGCAUCUACUGCUUCCUCUGGCUCUGGGGCCUCAAACUCAUCGCGACCAUACACGCAAUCUACAAGGACCUCAUCCACCCGCCCCCGCCCAGCACCCACCCAACCCUAACCCUGCACCUCCCAUCGCGCCCGACCCUACAAACCCGCAUCUUCUACCCGCCCACCUACACGCCGGGCCAACCGACCCUCCUCCCAACCUAUAUCAACCUGCACGGCGGGGGCUUCGCCGUCCACACGGCGCGCUUCGACGACCCCUUCUGCGCCUCCUGGAGCAAGCGCACGGGCAUGCUCGUCCUCAGCCUGGACUACCGCAAGAUCCCGCUGCACCCGUUCCCGACCGCCAUCCACGACGUGGAGGCGCAGAUCCUCGACCUGCUGGCGGCGGACCCCGCCGCCCUGCCCAUCGAUCCCGCCCGCGUGGUGAUCGGCGGCUUCAGCGCGGGCGCCAGCCUCGCGCUCGCCGUCGCCCAGCUCCCCUCCCUGCGGCGCGCCCUCCGCGCCGCCAUCUGCUACUACCCCAUCGUCGACUUCAGCCACUCCCCGCCGGACAAGAUGCGCGCCCGCCCGUACCGCGACUACUGGCGCGACCAUCUGGGCGACGCCGGCUGGUGGAUCGACUGGGGGUAUGUCUGUCCCGGCCAGGAUCGGAGGGACCCCCGGCUCAGUCCGUGGUAUGCGGCCGCCGAGGAUCUGCCCGAAAGGGUGUAUAUGGUUGCGGCGGAGUUUGAUUUGUUGAGGCUCGAGGCCCAGGAGAUGAUUCAUCGGUUGGCCGGGUUGGAGGGCAGGCGGGAUAAGGAGGAGGCGUUUGAGUACUCGGAAGUCGCACAAGCAGACCAGGAUGACCUGGAGUCACAGCCCUCGCCCUCCCACCACCACGGAGACACCGACGCGACAUCCCCUAUUCCUCUCGUCACCUCGGUGAUUACCACGCCCCAUGAGCACUGUGAGGCCUGCGAGAGAAUCAUCGCCCGACGAGAGCAGAGACAGAAUCAGCUACAAUGUUGUGGGAUGGUUGCGAUUGUUUUUGUGAUGCUGUUCAUCUGUGCGACCAUUUUUGGGGCGGUGUUUGCGAGGGCCAAGGCGCAUGAUGAUUGAGAACUUUUAUGACCACGGCUUGAUGGUGAACCUGCAAAGAUGUUAUGAGCCUGUAGUUCUGGUGUUGCUCAAGAACUUGAUACGAUACGGGGGCCUAGUGAUGGACAGCUAGACUUAUGGAGAAGACAGCGGCUAGUCGAGGUACUUGCGAAUGUUCGCAAGGUUAAAUAUAGCCGUUACUCCGUACCGUGCUGCCUCGUUCGUCGUAAUCCAGGGCGCCUCCUCUCCCUCGGAAAAAUAGGUUGGCGCCGCUGUCGGCGUCACGGUCCAUUGGUGGUCUUUGGUAUACCCGUCCGUCUCGAAGAACUGUCGCCAAGCUAUGCGAGAUAAU